AUGGAGUCUUAAGAUAAUAAACAUUAGAAAAGACAUGAUUCUAGUGACAAAUAAAAAUAGUUAAAGAAAAUUCAAAAGGUUGAACAAAAAGCAUAGUCUUUGUUAAGAGAAGAAAAAUAAUAGAGUAAAAAAGAGAAAAAAAGUAAGAAGGACAAGAGUAAAAUUAACAGGGAAAAAGUGAUUAAAGCAUUUAAAUCAUUUAUUAAGAUAUUCUAAGAUGAUUUUGAAGAAUUCUUUGAUCUAUUUUCUUAAUUGGAUGAUGGAUGUGUAAUAGAGACAGGAGGAAUUGAAAAUUAAAAUGUAAAAGAGAAACUUGAUAAAUUAAUGGAUAAACUUAAACUUAAAAAUUAAGGGAAUGAAAAAGCACCAAUAUUCAAGAAAGUCAAUAAAUAAAUUAAAUUGGAACACUAUGUAAGAGGGUUAUAUGAUGAAGUAGUGAAAGGAAUUAAGUAUUAAGAGCCAGAAUCAAAUAAUUCAAAUGUUAGCAAAAGUGAAUCCCCAGAGAAAAUGAAAGAAGUGACAAAGAAUAUUAAAGAGUUGGAGCCAUAAAAAUAAUUGCCAAAAAGAUUAGAUGAAAAAUCAGAUAUGGACUUAUUUUUGGAGGAAAAUUUUGCUAAGGGUGGAGAUAGAAAAUUAACUAGUUAUUUGAAUGAAAGAAAAAAAGUAUAAACUUUACCUAUUCAAUAAUAAUAACCAAAGAAUGGUAAUAUUAAUAAUAUUAAUAAUUAGAUAGUAUAUAUUUGGGAGAAGUAACUUAAAAAUAAAGAAAUCCUGAAGAAAUAAAAGAGUUUAUGAUAUGGUAUGAUUAAGAAUUUAGAUCAAAGAGUUUAGCAGAAGAACAUAGAGAAAAAUUAGAGAAGGAAAGACUUGAAAAACAAAAAUUAGGUGGAGGUUAACAAAAUUCAAAAGGUAAAAUAUAAUUAAUAUAAUAAAAGAGAAAAAUGUUCGUAAAGAGUUUAAUAGAGAUACAGAUAUGAAUAUGAAUACAUAAACCAGUUCAGAAGUGUUAGCAAGAAUUAGAUAAUCUGGAUCAUUAAAUUCAAAGUUUUCAUCUGGACAUUUUUAAAAUUAAUUCAUAUGA